AUGCCGCGCGCGGUCAAGCAGAAGCUCGCAUUCCGCGAGAAGCUCGUCCAGACCGGCAAGGGUGGCGGGGCUGACGCACUUCUCCGUCGUCUCAAGAAUCUGUUCCAAGAACUAGUCAAGCUUGACCAGGAGCAGAUUGACGUCAAGUCGCUGGAUAGUGUACGCGUCCAGCUGGUGCAGCGCGUCAUCGUAUUCCACAAAGACCGCGGUGUCAAGGCAUUUGCGGCGUGCUGCCUCGCCGAGCUGCUGCGACUGUACGCCCCCGACGCGCCGUACACUGCCGACCAGCUGCGUGACAUCUUCCAGUUCUUCAUCGCGCAGAUCGUCAGCGGUCUCAAGGGCCACGGGUCGAAAGCACCAAUCAAGAAGUAUGACAGCCAGGCGACACAGCAAACGCAAACACAGACACAGGCAACACAGGGGACACGCAUCACCGACGCGCCGUACUACACCGAGUACUGCCAUCUCAUUGAGUCCCUGGCGCAGAUCAAGUCGGUUGUCAUCAUCGUCGACCUUCCCUCAGCCGACGACUUGAUAGCCCGGUACUUUGAAGGCUUCUGCGAGAUUGCUCGUGCGGAUAUGAACAAGUCUUUGUUGCGCAACCUUGUUAGCAUCCUCGUCGAGCUAUUGCUUGAGGCAGAGCGCGCGCCGUCCGGUGUGAUGGACGUCAUCAUCAAGCAGUUUGAGACGUACGGCUCCAAACCAGAUACGCCGUCCUUCCAGCUUAUCGCCGACGUGUGCAACCGGAUGGGCGUCAAGGUUCUUCCGCCCGCCGUGCUCGCGCACUUCUCCGAUAUCCAAAUGACCCACGGCCGCGACCCAUCACCAACAGAUCUGCAGACCCUCAAAGAAUCGCACGAGCUCGUCCUCACCAUGUUCCGCAAUGCUCCCAGUCUCCUUGUCAAUGUCAUACCCGUACUCGAGGAGAACUUGCGCGCCGUCGAGGAGGUGCCGUUGCGGCAGCUGUCCACCGAGACCCUCGGCACAAUGUUCGGCGAGCGGCCCAUCAUCGGCAAGGGAGUCGAGAGCUUUGUCGUCUUAAUCGCCAAGGCUUACCCGGCAACGUGGCGCGCUUGGCUCGGUCGAAAGGUCGACAAGGCGCUGGCGGUACGACUGGCGUGGGUUCAGGCGACGGGCAAGAUCAUCGCGAACCAGCCUGACCUGCGGGGCGAAGUAGAGGCCGACUUAGUCGAGCGCGUUCAGGAUUCAGACGAGCGUGUCCGUGCAGCGAUCUGCAAGGUACUCGGGUCGCUGAGCUACGAGACAGCCCUCCACCAUGUCAGCGACCAGCUCCUGCAUGCUGUCGGCGGGCGUGUGAGCGACAAGAAGCCUCUUGUUCGCAACGAGGCAAUCAACUCCCUUGCCAAGCUCUGGGGCCUCGCGUACGAGGCCAUCGAGUCGACCGAAGAGGAUGCUAUUCGGCACUUUGGUUGGAUCCCACAAGAAAUGCUGCAUGCAAUCUUCCGCAAGGACGUGACAGUCGACCUCCGCUCACAGGUCAACGCGGCGUUCAAGAACGUCAUUCUUCCUCUACCAUCCAAGCCUGACGACGAGCAAGUCUGGGUGGACCGCUUCCUCCUCGUCGCCGCGCACCUAGAUGAGAGCGCCCUCGCAGGUUUGGAGCGUCUGACAGGCCUUAAGGGAUAUGCCAAGGGCUCAUCCCCAUAUUCUGCGUUUGCAGACGCGUGUGAUGAGUUUAACGGUGGUACAGACGAGAGUGUGGACAAGAGUGUCAAGACCCGUCUUUCCUACAUCGUGGAGGCGAUUUCUCGCAUGUUGUUCAACGACCACGAGAAGGCAAGGAAAGAUCUCGAGGCGUUCGCCGAGGCCAACGACAAGAAGCUAUACAAGCUGCUCCGAACAAUGGCGGACCCGCAGUCGAAUCUUCGCACCAUCAUCAAAUCGCGGAACGAGUUCCUGCGUCGAGUCGAACAGUCGUACUCAAACCUCCUCGACGUACUCUCCGUGGUGGUAGACCACGCCGCGUGGGUGAUCAUCAACCAGUCCAGCAUUCCCUGCCUGAUCAGACGCCUGCAGAAACCAGAAGGACCAAACGCUGAGCGCGUAGGCGCGUUGAGUGCCCGCUUCCUGACUUUUGUUGCAAAGGAAUGCGCACCCAUGUACAAGGACCACAUCGAUGAGCUGAAGAUUAUCAUCAACGACAGGCGGAACAAUACUUUGGUUGAAGUCGCUGUCCAAGCCUUGGCGGUGGUGACCAAGUGGAACCCCGAGAGCGGGCCUUCGGACAAGAGAGUUAUCGAGCGAGCCAUGACUCUGUCCCUCUCCGGCACGCCUCGGCAAGCCAAGUUCGCGUCGCGGUUUAUCUCUGUGUGCAGUGAUGGUAACGCUUCCCAGCGAUUGGUCGACUCGCUGUGGGACCAGCUCCGGACCGGCGACGAGGAGAUCAUCCUGCCCACUCUGUCGUCGUUGGCGGAGCUCGCCCUCUCCGCCUCGGUCGCGUUCCGGAGCCACGGCGACGACAUCAUCCAGAACAUCCUGGGGGACGUCAUGUUGAGACCUUCAGAGGAUGAGACGGAAGAUGACAAGUGGGCCGAUGAGGACCAACUUCCGGUGCGCGACCGCGCCAAGCUCUACGGUAUCAAGGUUCUCACCCACAAUUCUUUGCCGUGGUGCAAGCUCCCAGAUGCGCUCGAUCACGUUAGACCUGUCCUCGCGCUUCUCAACGACUUGAUGAAAAACGACGGCCGCGUCACGGACGAGACGAACGAGGGGCUACGCGCGGCCUGCUCGAUCCUCAAGCUUGCCAACGUGAGAUUGUACGACAAAGCCAUGUCUGAGUCGUUCGUCAAUGUCAGCUUCAUCUUGCAGGACGUCAACUUCACUGUACGUAAUCUCUUCCUCAAGAAGCUGUUUGCCGUUGUUCCGUCCCAGCGCCUUCUUCCCAGGUGGAACGCGUUACCGGCGUUCGCAGCUCAGGACCCUGAGAUGGAGAACAUCCUUUUGGCUAGAACGAUCAUCCGGGCUUGUGUCAACAACGCGCGGAAACUCCGUGAUGAUCCAGACGACAUGAAGGACCGUAUUGAGGUCCCCGUCGCGCGACUUUUGCACCUCCUGACUCAGCACCCUGACCUGGGCUGGUCGAGCUUGAACGAGCUCAAGGACAUUGCAAAGUUCAUCGAGCUCUACGUCGAGUGCGUCGCGACGAGUCAGAACGUGACGCUCCUGUUUACGGUCGUGGGCAAGCUCAAGACGGUCUGUGUGGUCGGCGAGCAGAUGGACGCGGAGAAAGUCAGUCUCCUCCUGAGCGACAGGCCAUUGGUGGACGAUGAUGACGAGAGGCACACAUCGGCGACCUAUCACCUGUACAUGCUGUCGGAGCUCGCGCAGAUGAUCAUCCGCAACCGCGCGCACGCCGGGCAAUGGAACCUGACCAUGUAUCCCGGCAAGGUGAGGAUGCCGAACGACAUCUUUGCAAACCUGCCCUCCGUCGACGUCCAGCAAAAAAUGGCGCGGCACACGUUCUUAAGCGAAGAUGUGCAGGUGUGGGCGAAAUCGUUUGGUCGCAGGACACACGUGACUGGGCAGACGCGACGAGCAGCAGCAGGGACGAGCCCUGUCAAAGAGCCGCGGAAGCGCCGGCGGGCAAGCACCAAGUCGCCCAGGAAGCGCCGGCGCUCGUCACGGCGGGAUGACGACGAUGGCGAUGACGAGACGAGUGACGAAGAGACGACAGAGGAUGAUGAGGGUGACGUGGACAUGGCGACAGCAAGUGAGGCGGAGACGGAGGAGGAAGAGGCCAACGGCGCUGAGGCGGUGGUGGGGCGGGGCGGGCGGCGGUCGGCUAAAACUAAGGCUCAGAAGGCCGUCACGCGCAAGGCUAAGCGGGCUUCUGCGCCUAAGAAGAAGAAGGCUGCGCAGCGGAGCGUUACACAGUCUGAAAGCGACCUGACCGAGUUGAGCGAUGGGUAA